GGCCCUUUUCUUGCUUUCCAAUCUUCGUUCCAUCUUCCAUCUUCCAUCUUCCAUCUUCCCACCUUCCCAUCUUCCCACCUUCCCAUCUUCCCACCUUCCCAUCUUUCCAUACCUACACAUCUUUUUCAUGAAUUUUACCAUUUCUUUCUCAUUCUCUCUUUCUGUCUGUACAUCAUGCCAUUGCAAGACCUUGAUUAUGAGGAACUUACCAAUACCUUAAUUAACAACUUUAAUAUUUUAGCAGAUGAAGUUCAACUUCUAAGUGAUAGAAAGACAAUUCUAGAACACAAACUGCGAUAUUCGCAUUCUCAAUAUCAAUCUUUGGCAGAUAAAUAUGCCCCCUCAGACCCUGAGAUAGCUAGUACACUGGCAAAGCUUCAACUUCCGCCAGAUUUACAAGUAACUGUUCCUGAUCGUGGUGGGUUUGUUCCGUUGCCGCUUCGUAAGCAGCCAACCUCAAAGCAGCAGACUGCCGUUGCAAUAAGGGACGGAAGAAAGGCAGCGCAGCGUCUUGCGGCUUUAUCUGGAAAGUCUGCCGGAUCUACAACUAGUAAAAGUAUAUCCGGUGGGAGUAGUAAUAUGAGAUUUUCACCACAUCGAACCUCCCUUUCAACUGUUCUCGAACAAGAUUUCACUGUGCCUGGAAAGAAGAGUUCAUUAUUGUGUCCAUUUGUAACUAUGCCUGACGGAACGAAAUCCAUGAAGAAUCCAAAUGCUCAGGAUACCAGCACUGGUGAAUCCGAUCAACCUUUGACUCCUGCCGAUAACCAAGACCCCACUCCCCACCACUCCUCAGAUCCUAUAUGUGCGCAAAUGUACGCCGAAACGAUGUCGUCCCCGCCCCCAUCAGCAUCAGGCCCUGGAGCUCAAUGUCCAAUUCGAUAUCUUAAUCAGCAUUCACCUGAAGAGAUAGCACGAUACUUUGAGGUUCACAAACACGAGGUUCCCCGCAGUCAUGAAAUAUGCGUCAAGCGAUAUCAACGAAACGAGGAUGAUGUAAGGAUGCUAGAUGCAAAAUAUGGAAACUUAGUGAGCAUGAUUCAGGGCCUGGGUCAAAAACAUCAGCCAAUGUUACCUACAAAGGAAGAGCAAGAAGCAUAUGAGGUCGAACGUGCUUCCAAUGAGAGAGUGGAGAAUUGGGCAAAUAAUGUCAGUGUUGAUGGGAACGAUUCGCUGCCUGGAUCUCAAUCUACUUCCGCAGACGACAGAGAAAGCCGCUUCGAUAGGCCAAUGAAGGAAGUUAGGGUUGGAGAGUCUCCAAGCAGACCAUGGGGAAUCUCUGUUCCAAUCUAUGAUCAACCACCAGACCAUAGACCUGUGUCUCCACCACCAGCGCCUGUAUCGGUUCCCUUGGACAAUUUUUCAAAACCUCCCGGAAAAUGUCCAUUUGGGCACACGGCUGGAUCAAAUACACAACCAAAAUCAACACAAGAAUUACCAGCGACUCCAGUUGAUGCACAAAUACCAGCAGGCUGCCCUUUUAGCCAAGGCCAAAAGGCUAAUAAAGAAGAAGCUCCCUCCACAAAUUAUGAUGCACCUCCCAUAUUACACGACCAACCAACCUUCAUCCAGCCCGAGCAACUCCAGAUGCAGGGGAAUGGACCAAAGAUGAUAUUCACAGGGCCCGUGUUUAUAGGAUAUCCGAUCGAACAGGCAGUGGCCUUCAUGAAACAAUACCAGGCACAAAAUGAAUGAAUAUACGAUUUGAUGACGAAUUAUUGAUAGCGAAUGGUUUUGGGAUUUGAUUUUUAGCGAUGGCGUUUUAGUGGUGCAUAUGGAGCGGAUGCAAAUGGCGUUCUCUUGUAGGAGUAUUGUUCUAUUUUCUGCACCACAAGGUUGCUUUUGAUCAAGGCAGGCAGGCAUACAUUAGGUUAACUUCAUAGUGAACAAGAGUCAUGAAACACUGCGAAUUAUCAACAUGUUCAAAACA